UGUAUGGAACGAGCACGACAGCCCGUGCCUCCCGCUCCCUUAGAGCCCAGGAGAGCCGCACAGGGACCGCCAGCGGUGCCCUGUCGGGAAAAACUCCUUUCGUGCCCCUGCUGUGGCAACAGGACGCUUGGACAUGGUUCCCCAUAGCCUUCAGCCCCACGUCCCGCUGUCUCUGGCACCUCCCCCGUCCCGUCCCGUUCCGUCCCGCCCCGACAGCGCGGCGCAACUCCCGAGAACUUUUCAGGAAGUGGCGGGCAGAGCCCAGCCCCGGCUGCUGAGUGCCCGGGGCCGGUGCGGAGGGAGCCAUCUUUCCUCCUCCUCCUUGUCCAUCUGCCUUUUGGUACCGCCUGUGCCUGCCCGCCUGGCAAGUCAGAGCAUGUCUGGACUCUGUGGAUGAGAUGCAGAAGAUGGCAGAGCUGCUGGGGCUCAGGGAUGAGAGCRGGGAGGGGGCUUCGGGGGCUCCUGCCCUCUCUGACUCCUGCCUUGCAGACAACAGACUGAACCUGGAUGUUUAUCCUGACGGCUGCUGCCGUUUCCUCCAGCUAUUCAAGGAGCWACGGGGAGAGGUGGUCCAGGUCGAGUUCCUCCGGCUCAGCAGCAAUGAUUGUCUCCUUGACACYACAUUGGGCAGCCUUCCUCAUCUGAAGCAACUGAAAUCCCUGGUGCUCAAAGGUGGCCAUGCCAUGGAUGAGUUUGGUUGCUAUCAGCAUGGCUCCCUCACGAGCUUGCCACCARACUUUGGGAAUCUGAGGUGUCUUACCCACCUGGAUCUCAGCUUCAAUAGACUCUCCAGCUUGCCGAGCUGCAUUAUCCACCUUCCCAGCCUCCGUGUGCUCCUGGUGAGCCACAACAGCCUGGUGACRCUUCCUGAGGACUUCGGCUGUCUGAGCAAGCUGACUUUCUUCUCUGCUAUGAAAAAUCAGCUGAAGUUCUUGCCUCAGAGCAUUGGGGAGCUGUCAAUGCUGCAGAAUCUGGAUCUCUCAGAAAAUGUUUUGGAAUUGCUUCCUGAAGAAGUUGGGAAUCUGCACAGCUGCACAGAGCUGGAUCUCUCUGGGAAUCGCUUAUUGGCCAUCCCAGACACCCUAGCCAAUUUGAAGUCUCUGCGUCGGCUGCAUCUCCACAGCAAUCUCCUGGUGACAGUCCCUGCCUCGCUUGCCAGCCUGCCCAACUUGUCCAGACUUGAUCUGCAGAACAACCGCCUCCGUGCCAUCCCCGCUGAGAUCCAGUCCUUGCCGUUUGUGCACAUCCGAGGCAAUCCCUUGGGAGAAACUGAGCCAUUCCUACUGGCUGAUAAACCCAGUACCAGGAGGCUACAAAGACUCUUCCUUGCAUCAGGAGAGGGCAGCUUCACUGUGAGCUCUGACGGCUGCAUAGUGGUCCUGGCCUGUGGCAUCCGUUUCUACUUUCCGCCGGGGGCUGCCUCUCAUCCUAUGUGGAUCUGUUUCCGAUCCCUCGCGCCGGAUCCUCAGAGGGUAAAGCUGAGGCACCACGAUGUCCUGCUGAGUAGAGUCCUGGAGCUGCAGCCUCAUGGGGUCCAAUUCCAGCAGGAGGUGCAGAUUUGGAUGCCAUAUAUCUCCCCUCAAACUCCUCACCAGCAUGAGGUGGUGGUUCGGACCUUCAGUGGGCAGAGCUGGAGUGAUYUGAGAACAAGAGUGAAGCAGAAGACAAAAUCAAAGAGGUGUGUGGCCCACUGUCGUGUCCUUCACUUCUCUUGGUUCCUUGUUGUGUCUCGACUCGUGCAAAAUGAAUGCAAAGUGCCAGCAGAGGGGACAUUGCUCUUUUCCAGUGUAGAUCCAAACAUCAAAGUGACCUUUCCUCCUGGAGUGACCAGAGAGCCUCGUAGUGUCAAGAUGCAGGUGCUGCCAGUCUCUGCAGAAGAGAUGGAGGAAAUCACAGCCAGUGCAGGCUGCAGAGCCAGUCCCCUGCUCUACCUCUCCCAGGACUCGACUGUGGAUUUUCUCAAGCCAGUGAAAAUUCAGCUGCCCCUUCCACCCGGGAUCACAGGACUAAAUUUGGAUCGGUCAAAGCUGCAUAUUCUCCAUGGUGAUCUGGAGGGCCAAACYUGGAAUGAUAUUACCAGUGAGGUGGUGCUGGAAUUCACCCAUCUUUAUGCAGUGUUUGAAGUCACUCACUUCUCCUGGUACUGGCUGUGGUACACAACCAAGACCUACAUUGGAGGCAUUGCCAAGAAGGUCUACGAGCGGCUGCGUCUGUACCAGGUGAACUUCAUUGCACUGCAGAGGAAGAAGGACCCCGAGCAAGUCCUGCUGCAGUGUGUCCCCAAGCACAAGGUUGACCCAGUGCUGAAGAAGCUGCAGGACCGCUAUCGAGGGCCUGAGCCAUCCGACAUGGUGGAGAUGUUCGAGGGAGAACAAUUUUUUGCAGCUUUUGAGCGAGGCAUCAGCAUUGAUAUGGAUCGCCCUGACUGUGUGGAUGGACGUCUCUCAUUUAUUUUUUACUCCCACUUGAAGAACAUGAAGGAAAUCUAUGUGACCUCCCCAGUGGACAGGAAAGGCCAAGCUGUAAAAGGCCAGGUCUCUUUCUACCGAGGGGCAGUUCCAGACAGCAUCCCUGAAGAUGCCAGCAGGAGGAGGAAAGGUCCAGACUCCCUCUGGCUCGCUACUCUGCCCAUCAAACUGCCUCAACUGAAACCCCGCUGGGAUGAGAACCCCAGUCCUCUGUAYGGCUUCUCCUUUCCUCCCUUGAACCUGGGCAAUGCUGAGACSGGCUACCUGACCCAGGCCAACCUGCUGAGCAUCGCCAGGCGUGUGGGAUCCGACUGGCAGAGCAUCGGCCUCAACCUGGGCCUGACCUAUCAGCAGAUUGAGCGCAUAGGAUACAAUAACAGAGAGGAYCUCAAUAAGCAGAUCCUGGACAUGCUUUUCUCAUGGGCUCAGCAAAACUCAGAGGACCCUGACUGUGUGACCAAGCUGAUUGCAGCCAUGAAAGAGAGCGGCCGCCAGGACAUYGCCGAUGAGGUUGAAGCCAUCAUUAAACUGGGGCAGCAGAAGUACAGYGAGUCCAUCCGCCGGGUGGGCCUGGCACAGGACAGCAGCACUGAGGACUCUGCAACAGCUAUGGUGUAGCACCUAGCAGAGAAAAAUGGGGUUUGUAAGGGACCUCUCUGUGUAGCCAUGUGACAGUGCCUGGGGGCUGCUGGCUCCUCAAGGGCCAAUGUCUCCCCGAGGAGCUGGGCAUUGAUUCUCUUGGCUCUSUGCUCCACUUCUGUCAAUCCCAGAAAGAGCACAUUUAUGAACCGUUUUUCUACUUCCACUUCAUGCCCUUCAGCUUUAGCUUUCAGAAAAGUGGAGAAGUUCAGAGACUGAAGCAUCUGUCAGCUGAAUAUUGUUGGAUUAAUUAAUACUCCURUUACAUGUAUUUAUUUAUAACUUAUUCCUGAAACUGUGUUCUCCUGGAAACACUGGAUGGGAGCAUUUGGGUCCAUUUGUGCUCCGGUGCUUGAUGAGAAAGUAGAGGUACAGUCAUGCUAUGAAGGCCUGUGAUACAGUGGGAACUGUUCAGCCAUUUUUGUUAAUGAUGUGUUUUGCUCACAUGAAAAUGUGAACUGUGUUCCCCAUGAAAAUGUUUUCURUUUUUUUCCAAAUCUCUUCCAGUUCGCUUAAAAAAACCCUAAAUAUUUGUGGGGAAGAAAGAAGAAACAGAUUUCUAGAAAAAUUGUUCUUUUUUUUUGGUUUUGCUUCAAAAGCUAUCAUGAAACAAGUAGGCUGUUGCACCUGCAAGCACCUUUGUAGAUGAGACCUACACCCUGGUGAUCUUUGACAAGGUUCCAGUUUUACUUUAUGAAAAAAAAAAAAAAAUAAAUCAAUGACCUGUUCUGGGAGAGCCUCUGAUUUAAGUGAAAUUAAAAUUUCYCUUAAAGUUUCCAAGGGGUAAUACUCACAUUCUCCCAGUGAAAUGUGACUGUUUAACAGUGAAGGUGUGACCGACCCCUGCUGAAGUUUGGUGAAAAGCAUGACUUAAAUUUGCAUUUUAAAAACUGGUCUGACCAGCUGUGAAAUCAGGCAGUGAUUGUGGGUUUGGCAUGAACUGUGCUGAGCUAAAUUCCCAGUUUUUCAGCCUGAAUAUCUUGUAUAAGGUGUAAGCAUUUACUGCUUUUUAGCUGCUCAAUCACUGAUUACUGAGGUGCUCUUCUCUUCCUGUUCCCCAUCUCAUAAUGGCCCUCAGUUAAUGACCCAUUAAUGACGGUGGAAAAUUACAUGGAACAUUUUGAAAGACUACUGUCACCUAAGUAAAUUCAAUUCUUUCCAGAGAGGUUUGAAUUCAGUGUAACUCUCUCUAAGCAUUACUUGAAGGGCUGUUCUCAGUCUGAAAAAAUAGAAGUGUGUUUAAAAAUGCCAGGUUGCAACACCCUAAGUCGGUGUGCAGUUGCAGGUGGGAUAAAUCCUGGCGUUUUCUUCCCCUUGUGAAGAAUCAUCAGUGACUUCCCUGGUGCUGCUUCAGACCUGCCAUCAGUAUUAUUGAAUGAGAGGUGUAAAACCAUYCUGCUUUUUUUCUCAUUUAAGGCUGUUCUAACAUCUCAGGCUACAGAGUGYUUACUGUCCAGUCAAGAGCACUGGACAAGGACUUGCAGACAGGUGUUGUCACCAUGGGUCUAGGAACUUCCUCAGAUAUGCUUCCUUAGGUUGUGCUGCCCUCAAGUCUCUUGUUGGGUUCAAGUCAGCAGUUCUUUUUUGAAUGUACAUUUUCUCUUGUAUUCUGUGUCGUGUGUUCUUGUUUGUAAUUUUCAUAGAUACAAACAAGGUAUUUGUUCUUUUCUCCAGUUUUGGAGAAGUGCAUUUGAGCAUGUGGCUCUCACUGGGAAUAAAAUAAGCACUUAACUGUUUCACAGUGUGGUCUGCUCUUCCAUAAAUGCCUUGAGUUAGAUGGAGUCUAGUAAUGCCCAAACCCUGGGCAGUAUCAUCAGUAUCUUCAGGAUCUGGGCUGAUAACUUAAGGAAAGAUAAGUAACCACCCUAUUGUUAUCUCCAGUCUUUCCCUGUUGAAUGGCAGCUGCUGGCUGGGGCUCCUUGCAAGCAUCAGGCUUUCUCCUUGAAGUGACACCAAAGCAAGCACCCAGCUGAGGAUACGAAAGUGCUGGUGGGAAAUCAGAGCAACUGUUCAACUGCUCUUUCCUCAGCAGACUUGGCAACAAAUAUUUGAGCUGGAUGAGAGUCAAUGGAAAACAUUAUUUUAAGGUGUGUUAUCUUURUCA